CGGCCCUGGUGCACAGCCGUGCUCCCUGCAGGGCUCCAGGGCUGCUGGCUGAGCACCUAGCCCAGCCAGUCCAGAGGAUCCCAGGCAGCACCGACCAGCACAGGGUGAGUGGUGCAUGGUGGUGUCCACAGUGCCAGCACUGGGCUUUAACAGGAUCCAUCUGGCAUGGGUACUGGGGUAGCACAGUGCAGGGCUGUCGGUACCGCUGCUAGGGAUGUGCCCUGAGGAGGCACAGACGGGCCUGUGCAGUGCAGGGCGAGUCCCAGCCAGGCUGCCUGUCUCAGCGGCCCCACGUGCUGCACAACCGGGCGCAACAGCCCUGUGGGAAUGCUGUGCCUUCUCCCGACCAGCCUAGGCACAGGACACUGCUGUGUCACACGUGGGCCACCGCCAGCGUGUACCUUCCUCUGCCUCACCUUGGCUGAAGCUCGGUGCGGGCAGGUCCCUCCCCUCGCCUGGCACGGCUGCCGGAGGAGGAGACAGGCACCGGCCGCCCUCCUCCAGGAACAGCAGCUGAGCCCAGCCCGAGCCCAGCCCGAGCCCAGCGGGCCUCCGACUCCGCAGCCCACCCGGGCCACCAGACACCUGCCCAGCACCCGAGGCUCCCACGGGCACAGGCAGAUCCCGUGGCUGCCCAUGGACCUCUUGGCACUUGCUCUCCUCCUGGUGGGGGGACUGGUGGCAGGAGGUGCCCAGGCACCUGACCUGAACCAUGGCUGCACCCGCGGCAGCUGCUACCCAGCCACUGGGAACCUGCUGAACCUGCUGGUGGGGCGAGCCACCCGCCUGAGUGCCACCUCCACCUGUGGGCUGGAUGGGCCCCAGGAGUACUGCAUCGUCAGCCACCUCCAGGACUCGGAGAAAUGUUUCACCUGUGACUCACGUGACCCGUCCCUGCCUGAGAGCCACCGCAUAGAGAAUGUCAUCUACCUAAGCAGCCCCCAUGACCAACGGACCUGGUGGCAGUCAGAGAAUGGUGUGGAGCAUGUCAGCAUCCGCCUGGAUCUGGAGGGCGAGUUCCACUUCACCCACCUCAUCAUGAAAUUUAAAACCUUCCGCCCCGCGGCCAUGCUGGUGGAGCGCUCAGCAGACUUUGGGCGCACCUGGAAGGUGUACCGCUACUUUGCCUACAACUGCUCCAAGCUCUUCCCUGGAAUCCCCAACCACCCUUCGGGGCUCGUGGAUGAAGUGCUGUGUGACCAGCGCUACUCUGAGAUCGAGCCCUCCAGCCAUGGGGAGGUCAUCUUCAAAGUGCUGGACCCCUCCAUCCCUGUGGCAGAUCCCUAUAGCCCAGACAUCCAGAACCUGCUUCGCGUCACCAACCUGCGGGUGAACCUCACCAAGCUGCACACACUGGGUGACAACCUACUGGACUCACGGCGGGAGGUGCUGCACAAGUACUACUACGCUGUGGAUGAGCUGGUGCUGCGUGGGAGCUGCUUCUGCCACGGCCACGCUGCCCACUGUGCCCCAGCACCGGGUGCCCCGACACCCUCUGUCCCCGGCAUGAUCCAUGGGCGCUGUGUCUGCGAGCACCACACGCAGGGGCUGAACUGCGAACGCUGUGAGGACUUCUACCAUGACCUGCCCUGGCGCCCGGCCGAGGGCUCCAGCACCAACGCCUGUCGCCGCUGUGACUGCAACGAGCACUCACGGAGGUGCCACUUUGACAUGGCCGUGUUCCUGGCCACGGGGAACACCAGUGGGGCUGUGUGUGAUGGCUGCCAGCACAACACCAUGGGCCGCCACUGCCACCUCUGCAAGCCUUUCUACUACCGGCACCCUCGCUCUGACAUCCGGUCCCCCACUGCCUGUGCCCCGUGCGAUUGUGACCCGGCAGGCUCACUGGAUGGAGGUGCCUGCGAUGGGCACACGGACGUGGCGCUGGGCAUGAUUGCGGGGCAGUGCCGCUGCAAGGAGAAUGUGGCUGGUCCCCGCUGUGACCGCUGCCGGCACGGCGCCUAUGGCCUCAGUCAUGGCGACCCACAGGGCUGCCAGCCAUGCAGGUGUGACCCACGGGGUACAGUGGCAGGCAGCUCCCCGUGUGACCCCAUCAGUGGGGACUGCUACUGCAAACGCUUCGUGGCUGGGCGCUCCUGCAGCCAGUGUGUGCCUGAAUUCUGGGGUCUGAGCUACGACUUGGGGGGCUGCCGGCCCUGCGCCUGUGACUUCGGGGGAGCCUACAACAACCGGUGUUCCAUGGAGGAUGGUGCAUGUCCCUGCCGUCCCCACAUCAUGGGGCGGCAGUGUGACCAGGUACAACCCGGCUUCUUCUGUGCCCCCCUCGACUACUACACCUAUGAGGCCGAGCAGGCCACCGGCCAUGGACACAGCCACCCUCAGCUCCCACCGGACGUGGAGGAGGUGGUGCGGGACAGUGCCGGGCGCAUGGUGACGUGGACGGGCUUGGGGUUUGCCCGGGUGCGGGACGGGGCUGGCCUGACCUUCCGUGUGGACAACGUGCCCUACCCCAUGGACUACGAGCUGCUGCUGCGCUAUGAGCCCGAGUCAGCCGAGGACUGGGAGGCCGUGGUCAGUGUCAGCUCCCGUGUGCUGCCCACCAGCUCUCGCUGUGGGAACCUGCUGCCCUCCGAGCAGAUGUACCGCCAGAGUCUGCCCCACAGCCAGAGGUAUGUGCUGCUCCCCCGGCCCUUCUGCUUCGAGCCCAGUACCCCUUAUGAGGUGACCAUGCGGCUUCAGCGGGCCGGUGUCACCCAGCGCCACCCUGGUGCCUUCAUCCUCAUCGACUCGCUGGUGCUCCUGCCACAGGUGUCAGAGUUACCAGGGUUCCAUGGGGCAGAGGCAGCAGUGCGCCAGGAGGAGCUGGAGCGGUACCAGUGCCUGGAGGUGUUUCGCAUGGCCCCCCCUCAUCCCCUGGCCCAGGCCUGUGCCCGCCUGGUCUGCAGCGUCUCAGCCCUGAUGCACGGCGGGGCACUGCCCUGCCAGUGCGACCCACAGGGCUCCCGCAGCAGCGAGUGCCAGGUACAGGGCGGGCAGUGUGAGUGCAAGCCCCACAUCAUCGGCCGACGCUGUGACCACUGUGCCCCAGGCAGCUACGGCUUUGGACCCCUGGGAUGCAGCCCCUGCACCUGCUCCCCAGAGGGCUCAGUGUCCCAGCUGUGCGACCAGGUGAGCGGGCAGUGCCGGUGCCAGCCUGGCACCGUGGGCCGGCAGUGUGACCAGUGCCAGCCCAGCCACUGGGGCUUCCCUGCCUGCUGGCCCUGCCAGUGCAAUGGGCACGCUGAGGAGUGCGACCCCCGGACGGGCACCUGUCUGCACUGCCGCGACCAUACGAGCGGACGGCAUUGUGAGAGGUGCCAGGAUGGUUACUAUGGGAACCCUGUGCUGGGCUCGGGGCAGCAGUGCCGGCCCUGCCCCUGCCCCGGCUACCCUGGCACACGGAAUUACCAUGGGAACGCCUGCCAUGCCGAUGCUGAGACACACCACAUCGUCUGCCUCUGUGCCCCUGGAUAUGCAGGGCCCCGCUGCGACCGCUGCUCCCCUGGUUACUUUGGGUCUCCGGAGAUGGAGGGGGGGGAGUGCCGGCCCUGCCAGUGCAACAACAACAUCGACGCCAGCGACCCAGAGGGCUGCGACCCCCGCACGGGCCAGUGCCUGCGCUGCCUGUACCACACUGCUGGGCCACGCUGUGCCCAGUGUCAGCCUGGCUACUACGGCAAUGCCCUGCAGCGCAGCUGCCGGCGAUGUGUCUGUGACCCACGGGGUACACUGGCCUCCCACUGCACCGAUGGCACCUGCGAUUGUGACCGUGGCACGGGAGCCUGUGCCUGCCGCCCCAACGUCGUGGGCAAGAGUUGUGAUCGCUGUGCACCCCACUUCUGGAGGCUGGGGGGCCCAGGGGGCUGUGAGCCCUGUGGCUGCCACCCCACACAUGCCCUGCACCCUGCCUGUGACACAGUGACAGGGCAGUGCCAGUGCCGGCCUGGCUUCGGGGGUCGUGUCUGUUCCCAGUGCCAGGAGCACCACUGGGGAGACCCCGAGCAGGAGUGCCGAGCCUGUGAGUGUGAGCCGCUGGGUGCUGAGAGCCCACAGUGCGAGCAGGACAACGGGCAGUGCCGGUGCCGCCUGGGAUUCGGGGGGCUGCGCUGUGACCGCUGCCAGCGGGGCUACCAGGAGCCCUUUCCCCACUGCUCUCCCUGCCACCCUUGCUUUGGGCGCUGGGACCUGGCCGUGGGCAGCCUGCAGGAAGGACUGCAGCGCCUUGGGGCACAGGUGCAGGCCCUGAGGGAGGGGAGUUCCACACUCCCACUCAGCCCCCGUCGCCUGCGGGAACUGGAGGAGGCUCUGGGGCACGUGGAACGGCUGCUGGGAGAGGGGGACAGCCCUGGUGGUCCCCUCCUCGAUGGACUGCCCAGGCAGCUGGGUGGCACCAGGAUGGAGCUGGACAACUUCUGGAAGCACCUCCAAGAGUUGGAGCAGCAUCUAGAUCAGCUGGUGCAGACGGAUAUGCAGCACCAUGACCGGCUAGCUGAGCUGAGCCGUGAGCUGGGAGGUCUCAACCGAACCACCUCCCACCUUCAGAUCCUCCUCAGCACUGUAGCAGCAGCUGGGUUCAGCGAGUCUUACCGCAGCAUCCUGGCAUCGAUGGAGACCUCGCGGCAGGCAGAGGUGGUGGCCAAUGGCACAGCUGGCGAGCUAAGUAGGGCACAGAUGACACAGAGGGCAACAGAGCGUGCUUUGCGGCAGCGGGGCGAUACUUUCCGCCGUGGCACAGCCGCAGCCCGGAAAUCCUUGCGGGAGACACAGAAACGGGUGAUGGGACUCAGCAUUACCAGGAUCAAUGAGAAGAUUUGUGGGGCACCCGGAGACCGGAGCUGCAAGCACGCAUCUUGCGGAGGAGCCUUGUGCCGAGACAGUGCGGGGACAAGGCACUGCGGUGGCACUGGGUGUGCAGGGGUACUGCCUAUCUCAGCUCGAGCCCUGAGCAGUGCUCACAAUGCCUCACAGCAGCUGGAGGUGGCAUUAGGGCAGCUGGGUGUUGUGACACAGAAGAUGCAGGAGGUGCAGGAGCUGGCACGGGGGGCACGCAGCUGGGCAGAGGAGGCACUGGGGCGCUCUCAGGCCGCUCGCAGCCAUGCAGAGAAGGCAACGGCCCAGCUGAGGGACUUUAUCCGCCGAAUCAAGGCCUUCCUGGCAGAGGAGGGAGCUGACCCAGGCAGCAUUGAGCUGGUGGCCCGGCAGGUGCUGAACAUCUCCCUGCCCAGCAGCCCCGGACAGAUCCAGGAGCUGCUCUUGGAGAUGCAGGAGAGCAUUGGCCAGCUGGAGGGGGUGGACACAGUUCUCAACAGCACAGCGGAGGGGCUGGCUGUGGCACGGGAUCUGCUGGCACAGGGACAGGAAGCCAGGGAGCGAGCAGAAGGCGUAAGGGAUGAGCUGGCGGGGACGCAGCAGGCACUGGAGGUGGCACGGACACAAGUGAGGACAGCGGGGAGCACCCUGCAGAGCGCCAGGGAUGCCAUCCAGGUGGCUGAGAACAGAGCCAGGGAGGCGGAGCGCAGGCUGCGGGUGCUGGACAGGAAAGAGUUGCAGGCGCAGAGGCGGCUGCGGGAGCUGGCACAGCGCAUCACAGCCCUGCAGGAGCACAGCCGGGAUGCUCGCCACAUGGCUCAGCAAGCCAAGGACGGGGCACAGCGUGCCACCACCACCUCGGGGACACUUAGCCAGGACCUGGCACAGGUAACACAGCGUUACGUGGUGUUGAAGAACCGGGUGGGUAUGCUGGACAGAGUGUCUGGUGGGGCCCUGCAGCGCCUGUCACAGCUGAUGGCAGAGGCCCAAGACCUCCUGGAUAAAGCCAGCAACAGCAAGAGGAAGCUGGAAGACCUGGAGCAGCGCUUUGGGGCCAAUGAAAGGACGAUGGCGGCAAAGGUGACACGACUCCAAGCUUUGGAGCAGCAAGUCACCGGGCUGUUGCUGGACAUCCGGGAGAGGGCCAACGCUUACGCCACUUGCUAGGGACCACUGGCGGGACCGGGGGCC